ACCGGUCGGCAUCGAGGUUUGUGGGUUCGUGCAUAGUGAAAUUAACAACAUGGCUGGAAAAAGUAGAGGAGUAGUCUCUGUCGAGGGAAAAAACGGCGAGUUUUCUGAGAGUACAAACAGUAAUGUUACUUCACAAAACAAAAAGGCCUUUCAAGAAGCUACCCUUAAGAAUUCGAUUCCAAAGAGGAGACAAGAACUUUUGAAAUGGAAUGGCUGGGGUUACAGAGACUCCGAGCUCAUUAUGAAUGCGAAACAGCAGGUUGAGCUGACUGGACACAGGUACAAGUUAAGUGGUACGGUGAUGCCUGCGCUGAAGGAUUGGUUGCUUAGUAAUCUGGGAGCUAGAUUAGACUACACAAGACCUUCACAGCCGGGACUAACUGCUGCUGAGCUACCUAGUCCAGUGAUUAAUCAAGUCUUCUUGGAAGAGCUGGUGACAUCUGGUGUUGAUCAUUCUGUUGACUGUCAGGACAGGCUAUUUCGCGCACAUGGACACACCUUGCAUGAGGUGUUUGCGCUCAGGGAAGGAAACUUUGACAGAAUUCCAGACCUCGUUGUGUGGCCAGUAUGCCACGAUGAAGUCGUAAAAGUGGUGGACCUAGCUUGUAAACACAAUGUUGUCAUCAUUCCGUUUGGAGGUGGUACGAGCGUCACACAAGCCGUUGAAUGUCCUGCAACUGAGAGCAGAAUGAUCGUGUCACUAGAUACAUCACAGAUGAGCAGAAUUCUAUGGUUGGACGAGAAAAAUCUAACGGCGUGCAUAGAGGCUGGAGUAAUCGGUCAAGAUUUGGAACGAAAGCUGGAAGAGAAGGGCUACUGCACGGGUCAUGAGCCAGAUUCCUUUGAGUUCAGCUCUCUCGGUGGCUGGGUGGCGACGCGGGCGUCCGGAAUGAAGAAGAACGUCUACGGAAACAUCGAAGACCUGGUGGUGCAUCUGCGGGCGGUGACCCCGCGAGGCGUGCUGGAGAAGGGAUGUCAGGUACCGCGCAUCAGCAGCGGACCAGACCUGCACCACGUGCUUCUCGGCUCUGAGGGGACUCUCGGAGUCGUGACGGAGGUGAUUAUGAAGGUGCGACCACGGCCUCCGUGUCAGAAGUAUGGCUCAGUGGUGUUCUCCGGCUUCGAGACGGGCGUGGCCUGCCUGAGGGAGGUUGCCAGGCAACGCUGCGCACCCGCCUCCAUCCGCCUCGUCGACAACGAACAGUUCAUCUUCGGACAAGCUCUCAAACCAGAGGUGAACUCGAUUAUACAGUCGUUUGUUGACGGCAUAAAAAAGAUCUACUUAACGAAGUGGAAAGGCUUCGAUCCGAAACAAAUGUGCGUCGCAACGCUACUGUUCGAGGGAACCCACAAGGAUGUGGAAGUGCAAGAGAAAAAAGUGUAUGAAAUUGCUUCUAUGUUUGGGGGACUGCCAGCAGGCGAGGAAAAUGGGCAGAGAGGCUAUGACUUGACCUUUCUCAUCGCCUACAUAAGGGAUCUCGGCUUUCACUACGGCGUGAUCUCGGAGUCGUUUGAGACGAGCGUUCCAUGGGACAGGGUCGUUGACCUCUGUCGUAAUGUCAAGGACAGACUGCACAGGGAAUGCAAGGCUAGGGGCAUUCCACAUCCACCUUUCGCUUCGUGCAGAGUUACGCAGCUGUACGAUGCAGGUGCUUGUGUUUACUUCUACUUUGCUUUCUGCAUUCGUGGCCUCGCUAAUCCAGUAAGCGUCUAUGAGGAGAUAGAGACUGCUGCAAGAGACGAGAUUUUGGCUUGUGGAGGCAGCAUUUCCCAUCAUCAUGGCGUCGGCAAGCUGAGGCAGAGGUGGCUAGCGCAGACGGUCUCCGGCCCCGGACUAGGUCUGCUGAGGGCUGUCAAGCAACACCUGGAUCCCCAGAACAUCUUCGGUUCUGGAAACUUGCUCGGCGCCGCCGCCGCCGGACCCGCGUCAAAACUGUGAUGCGAUCGCUGCUGACGCUGCGCUACGGUAGCGCCACCUGUGAGCCUCGUCGUGGGGCCGCGGGACGUCGCGCUUCGUGCAUAGAUCGAUUAACGAGUGUGCGGAUUUCGAGUCGACGCGUGCAGAGUUCGAUGACUUUUUGCAAUUUUUUUAAUUUUUGCAAUGUUGAUGUUGCCGAUGGCACGUGCUGUGUGUCUGUGCUUUUGAUUUAGCGUGUACGCGAAACAUCACGCUAGUUAGAGCGCUAGAAUUUCUUUUGUUUAUGGACAGCUUCAGUUGUGUUGCGGACUAGGAUGCACAUCAGUGCUUACCUUGUGUGUUUAUGCCGUCAUAAGUUGAUGUGGUUAUACACCAGAUGGCAGCAGCUGAUGUUGCCGUGCAGAAAUUUUGUUGAAGCCACGUGAAAGGUUAUUGUCUUUUGCCUAGCUUACGGUGUGCCAAUUUCUUACGAAAUAAUUUCUGCUAACUUGAGUAGUUGUGUGCUUGGCAUAGAUACGGGUGGUAGGUGCAUGAGUUCUGAACUGCCUAAAUAAUGGCUUGAUGCUGAAUUAGUACAUUUAGCCCGAAAUCUGCUUCUGUGAUGCUACUUUGUGAUAUAAGGACUAUCGUGAAGGUAACCGGUUGUUCAGCUUGUGCAAAAAUUCUGUGAAAUCUGUGGGAAGUAAAACCUUUCCCCACCAAUCCAGCUCUUCUAGUGGAUUUAAAAAAACCAUUCGUUUAAAACAGAGUGGCAUUGAAUAAAAUAUUUAUUUACGUACAUGAUUUGCUUGAAUAAUAAAUAAUCAAAAACUAUCAUGAUAUGAUCCUAAGGAGCAAUUGGUAAUGAAAUACCAAUUUAGGAGUUGUUGAUCAAAGAUAUCUGAUCUCCCAUGCUACAUAUAUGUAACUAGAAAUAACAUGCUUGCUUUGCAUUUCCAGGUGUUAUAUAUAUUCAGCAUUUAGUCGUUUGAAAGCAUUUUCUUUUUACAUUAUUAUUUCCCAUUUAUUUUAUGUGCUUUUAUACUAUUUUAGUAAAAAAAUUAAUAUAUCAUGACAGUAUAAAUAUAAAAACGAGAUAGAACUGAGCAAAGCUCUGUCAUCAGAGAGAAACAGUGUGCUGUGUGUGGUCAGUAUAGUGUUUAUUUGUUACUUCCUUGAACGUGUGUAAGAGUUUAUUACAAUUUUGAUGAAAUACUUGACGGUCGUGUUCAUAGCUGUAUUCUCAUAAUCUUCAACAACAGAGGUGCGUGUUAGUUCCGAGUAGAGAAUAUGAAGUAUCCAUAAUAUACCAUUCCAGGAAUAUUAGUUUGAUUCCAAGUUAUAUGAUCUGACACUAUAACAUUAAUUGUGAUGGUUAUCAACUUAUCAUGAUCUCACUUUUGCGCGAGUUUACUUUUACAUUGUACCAAUCAAUCUUAUUAUCUAUCUUCAACAAAAUAGAAUCAUAGUGCUUUAAAAUCAAUUUA